UAUGUAUAUAAACACGACGAUUUCGGAGAGCGCACGUAGACUGGGGGCGGGGGUGCUGGGUGGAAAGCCCGGAUGAAGCCUUCGCUCUCCGUCGCGGCUCUCCGUCCACAAGGCAGCGCAGGAGCGGGGAGGGAGCAGGCUGCUUGGCAAGGGGGCGAUCUGCUGGUGCUUCUCCGCUUUUGACAAUUCAACAAAUGGGAGCCCCCAUCCGCCCGCUGUACGGAGUGAUGGGAUUGACUGCCAGAAAGAACGACUCGGGAGGAUUUGCAGGGGCAAUUUUUCCUCUAAGCGAUUGAAUCUGUUUUUCGCCCACGAUUGUAAAUGGUGGGCGCCGCUGCCGAUGCUGGAACCGCUUUUUAAACUGGGGAAUCGUCAAACGGAAAUCCAGCUUUAGCUGACAAAGACACGUUUGCAGAGGCAGUUUCAGACCAGGCGAAGCGGAAUCGGUGUUCGGUCGGUAAAGUGAUUCGUCCGUUGCGCAUCGAUUAACUGAAGCAAGUUUGCGGGAGACUGGGAAUAUACGUUCCUUCUCUACUGGUGGCUGGUUCCGACAAAAAUACAUACGAUCUAAUACCUUUGCAGGUUACAGUAAAUGAAGUAAAAAUAAUAUUAUUCAGCGCAACUUGUUCAUUAUUUUAAGUGAGAACAUCCGUAUGGUUAUCAGGUCUUGGUUGAAUCUUCAUAGGGUCUUGAUUGCCAUAUUCCUUAUAAAUAGUGCUUUAAUUAAAUAAAACUUCUUACCUUCACUCAUACGUAUUGUGGGUUGUGUCUUGCUAAUUAGCGGGUUUAUACAGUAUAACAUUAUUGCAGUUGGGAAAGAAGUAUGCGUUACUUCCCGCAAACAUGUAACAAUUUUGUUUGAAAUAAGUUUCGCAAAAAGAAAAUUCCGUUAUAUAAAAUGGCGCAGAAAUAAUGUUUAUAGGUACCGAUCGUGUAUGUUAUGGAGCUUCAGAUGGAUGUAUUUUGGUGGAGGUGGGAGAAUAACUCGUAUCCGUGAAGUGUGGUGCGGAAUCGCCUACCUAACAGCAGCCUCUCUCUUCGGAUCAGCAGGUCGGCAGAGAAAGAGUUUCGCUUGUACGCUCAGGCGGAUGAACAACUCGGCUGUACUUUUUCUUAUAGUAGUGCAAUUCAGUAAUGGCCAGGUUCCGUAAGAAAGCCUGCGUGGCUCUUUUUCUGUUUACGCUGUUUAUUUUCGGCACUAUGAUGGGUCUGAGAACGCUGAAGCCCAGCGACGGCUUCUCUGACUUGGCCCCGGGGCUGGAUCUCAUGCCGAUGGUCGGCGAUAGGAUGGAGCGGCGCUCGGCGUCCAAGGACGUGGUAGUCUCGCCGGGUCAGUCUGCAAGCAAUACUAAAGUCGUCCUCCGCAAUGCCGACGAGGAGAGGAGCAUAUUCUACGACGUUCACAUAUUUUACUACGUGUGGUAUGGAAACCCUCAGAUCGAUGGGAAAUACAUCCACUGGGACCACGUUCUUGUGCCACACUGGGACCCUAAGAUUGCGGCCAGUUAUCCGAAAGGACGUCACACGCCUCCGGAGGACAUCGGCUCCAGUUUCUACCCAGAACUGGGACCUUACAGCUCUAGGGACCCGGCCGUACUGGAGUCGCACAUGAAGCAGCUGGGAGCUGCGGCAGCAGGGGUUCUGGUGCUGUCCUGGUACCCGCCAGGGCUAGCAGACGACAACGGGGAGCCGAUGGAGGACCUGGUACCUGCUAUUAUGGACGCGGCUCACAGACACAGCAUUAAGGUGGCCUUCCACAUCCAGCCUUACAAAGGACGGACGGACCACACCGUCCACGAGAAUGUCAAGUACAUCAUCGACAAGUAUGGGAAUCAUGGGGCCUUCUACCGAUUCAAGACCAGCACAGGCAAGAUCCUGCCCAUGUUCUACAUCUACGACUCGUACCUGACGCCGCCAGAGUCCUGGGCCAACUUGCUGAAUCCCUCGGGCUCACACAGCCUGAGGGGCGGGGCCUACGACGGGGUCUUCAUUGGGCUUUUGGUGGAGGAGCGCCAUAAGCAUGACAUCCUGGCCAGCGGCUUCGACGGCAUGUACACCUACUUCGCCUCCAACGGCUUCUCCUUUGGCUCGUCUCACCAGAACUGGAAGGCAGCAAAGGCCUUCUGUGACAGCAACAACCUGCUGUUUGUGCCCAGCGCCGGGCCAGGCUACAUCGACACCAGCGUGCGGCCAUGGAACAACCACAACACUCGCAACCGCGUCAAUGGGCGCUACUACGAGACGGCCCUGCAGGCGGCGCUUUCCGUGCGGCCCGAGAUCGUCACCAUCACCUCCUUCAACGAGUGGCACGAGGGCACACAGAUCGAGCGGGCUGUGCCCAAAAAGACGGUCUCUCGCCACUACCUGGACUACCAGCCCCACAGACCCGACCUUUACUUAGAGGUCACCCGCAAAUGGGCCGAGGAGUUCAACAAAGAGAAGGAGCAGUGGCUCAUGUGAGGGUUGCCCGACUGAUGCACACGUCACUGAUAACCUCCGCCCACCUGGGCCUGGGUGUUCCUUCGAAACAUGCUGAUGUUCAGACUUCAGAUCUCAAAGUCCUUUUUGACGGACGUCAAUUCACACGACUUGCUGGGAGGUCGUUGGCGACUUCCAGGAAGACUUCCUACUUGCAGCAGAUUAUUCAGACAUCCUUCAUCUGUAAAACAUGCCAAGUCUGGGACUCAGCAGCUUCUGCUUACCCAGCCUUUUCAUAAUAAGUCAGAAGGUUUCAGACUAGAGCCUGAUCUUCUGGACCACACCUUGCACCCUCUGCCCUGCCAGAACCUUCCCUGGUUCCCUCCCUCCAGCUUCUGAAGCAGCAGCUAUACACAGAGAAACCGCUCUGUCUUGGUGAGCACCCACGCCCCCCCCCCCCCCCCCCAAUGGGGGUGGGGACCCACGUGACUAACAAUACUCCAUCCUGCCACCCUGCCUCUCAUUCAAUCCCAGAGAGUGAAACUGCAGAACAACAUACCCCCCUCAGCUACUCCUGCCCCCCCCGCAUCAAAUGAAGUCUCUCUCCUGAUACUUAUGGAGACACUUCACCUCCCUUCAACUACAUCAGCUAUGCUGCUCUGGGAGCAACAGCUGGAGCGAGGAUACUUACAUCUGUCAUCGAGCCGGAAUCACACACGGCCGUGACCCUCCGUGAUCAGUAUCUGUAGAAACCUCCCACGUAAUCUCUACCACUGACCCUAUAAGUGAUUCAUUUGAUUGCACAACAAUCCCUGGAAUCAGUCUGCACGGCCUGAAAUGUGCAGCGUUCCUUUAUAUGCUCCUGCAGGUAACAAGCCACUUCCAGAAGGCCAGAUCACCCAGUCAGUCUUCUUCAGAGCAAUGAACUUCUAUUUUUUUUUUCCUCCUUCCAAGCAGAGACCUUAACAUUCACCUUCAGGUUAAUUGUCAAGCAGAUGCUUUUGUCAGAAAGUCAAGUACAAGUGAGCAAAGUCUGGGGUCAGUAAGCAGGGUCAGCCAACAUCCCUGGGCAGUUGGGGUUAAGGUUCCCGCCCAAGGGCCCAGCGGUGAUCUGAUGACACUGCUGGCCCUGACUUUUCAAACACGGACGUGGAUCCUGGACUUGCUGAGCUACACCCCAGCCGUUUGGGAAUGACAGCCAGAGAAACAUGAAGCACGUCCUAAUUCAGCCAGUCCCUGUCAGUCGCUGCUGAACAGACGGACCAGGAAAAAAAGCAACAACAAACUCAUUCACAUUUAAAUUUAGGCUUUUUUUUAGGUUUGAGUAAUAAAAAAAAAAAACAAAAAACAAAAAAGACCCAGAUCUUCAAGGAUGGGAGAGUAAUGCAGAGGAUAGCUUUGGGGCGUUUGGGAAAGGUGUUGGGAACAUGCUGAACACGCCGUCUUUGCUUGACCACGGCCGGAUGGAGAGGAUCAUUUUUCUGCUGGGUCACCUUUUCCAGAGGUGCAGGAGGCCCCAGCAGGAGUGAUACAAGCUUUUGUCCGCAGUCCGCCACUCGUUCAGGGAGUCUCUGCCCUCAGCGGUGUGCCUGGGUCCACCGCUGGCUGCGAAACCUGCUACGGUCAUCAUCCCAUGAGACUCAGGAGACGGUGAGGUGCGGUGAUGUGGUGGGACAGAGGUGCCCGGGAAUCACAAUCCAUUACAAAAACAUCAAACAAAAAAAAAAGAAUAAUUUAUUAAAGACAGUUUGAUUUACAUCAGCCCAACCCAAAAUAAUUAAAACAGGCCACUGAGCUCCCCUGGUGAUUCUGCUUAACGGGACGUUCAUAAUAUCAACGUCAGCUGAAACCAGCCAAUCAGUGACACGCUCACUUGACAUCACACCUGAUCAAUGAGCUGCCAACUUACUCCCUGCAUUUCCUGUCAGCUGGAAAAGCAAGUGGGUGGGGGUGUGGCAAAAACCAUUAUGAAAGGAUACAAAACAGCUAUAGAUCAGGUACAGUGGAAUCGUCAAUACAAAGAUUUUUAUACCUCAAGUUUUGAGCAUCACCCAACUCAGAGAUUGGUGACCACUAGUCUCUGACUGAUGCCACUAGAAAUUAGUCGAAACCGUUUGCCCCACCUGACACAGGACCGCACGCACCUUUUUGAGUCAGCCCUGAUGUAACAGCUCCCCCUUAACCCCACCCAUUUUCAAAGCCACACCCCCAGUUCCACAUCACAGUGGAAGCAAAUGUCUGUUCAGUCACCCCUGUCCCAAUCCUUGUUCCACCUGAUCAGUCCGUAUCUCUCCUCCAGGAGGGUGACAGUGGGGAAGGCGGCACUGCAAAAGAGGGUGGGGAGGCAAAUUUUAAAGUUUACACUAUGACACAGUCCAAGCAGCAAGAAUGAGGCUUUACGACACAGUAAACCCUACUACAUUAUUUUUACCCAGGUGACCAGAUUAGUUACCCAUGGAUUAGGUACUAGGACUGCAUAUAAAUGUGGCACAUCCACAUAUUAAUGUCAAACGUUGCUGUCAUCAGUGUGCACCAGAACGAAAGCAGUGAUGCCUCGCGCAGCCUGGGGGCACAGACAUGGCCUCUUCCACUGACACGAGUGCAGAAAGCAGACAGGCGAGCAGAGUGCCUAGCAGCCCUUGGAGAGACUGCAGCUGCAGGCGGAGGAGGACCGGGGCCUCCUCAGAGACAAAGCAGUGCAUCGGGGGCUUGCAGGAAUACCCACCAGCCCUGUCGUAUGAUGCUGUAUCUGCCUGUAGCGGACAGGUCAACCACGGUCGACCCCAGACGUGACUGUGGAGUCUGGUCCCCAAUGGGGCCUCCGUCGACCACCAGGGCCAGCCUGGACCACAGCUCCUGAAACUCCUGCAGAGAGAAUGAGAUCGUGAACAAAACGCUCCUCGGGAAGUUCUGCGAAAUUCCCCGAAAUCCCACCUGGAAUAAGGCUGAAUACAUCGGGGGUAUAGAUUUACGCGAGGUGACAGAGCAACAUCACUAAAAGGGUCUGUCCUUUCGGGAGAGGGACAUGGCCGCCCAGCCUUCAGACUCUAAUCACACCAGUGUUUGGGUGGCUCAUUAGCUCCCAGAAAGAAUGGAAACUGAACUUGAGGUCACCACAGAGCAUGGGAUAUGGCGCGGUGCGAACAAAACCGGGCCUGUAUUGGAGUGCUUAAGCCUUAGUAACAUUCAAACGAAUUCCCGGGUGACAGCGGGGCUGCUGAAAACCCUGGUGACACAGAUGCCGCCCCAGGGUUAUAAGACGCUUCAUAGCUAUUCUUAAAAUUGGCAGAAUGUUUUUAUUAGUGUUUCCAUGACGAGUGAGAGUCACGCAAGUGAUGUAAAUAAUGAAUUUCCUUAAAUAAAAUUGCUCUUCCACUGUU